AUGGUCUUAAGAGGAGGAAGAAACGUUGCUUACUGGACACGUGUCACAAUCUCGUACUCUCUCUCAUCUCUAUCUCUCUCCCGGCUUCAUGAAAUCCGUCGGUUUCGAAUCCAAAUCGCUGUGAUUGAUCUCUUGAGGAGAGCGAGCCUGUUCUCGGAAGAGGAAGGAGAUGCGAACGAAGGAGGUGGCGAUUUCCCGGAGCCACCGGAGGAAGCUAAGCUCUUUGUCGGAAAUUUGGCUUACGAUGUUGAUAGCCAAGCCUUGGCUACGCUCUUUGAGCAAGCUGGAGGAGGAAGAAACGUUGCUUACUGGACACGUGUCACAAUCUCGUACUCUCUCUCAUCUCUAUCUCUCUCCCGGCUUCAUGAAAUCCGUCGGUUUCGAAUCCAAAUCGCUGUGAUUGAUCUCUUGAGGAGAGCGAGCCUGUUCUCGGAAGAGGAAGGAGAUGCGAACGAAGGAGGUGGCGAUUUCCCGGAGCCACCGGAGGAAGCUAAGCUCUUUGUCGGAAAUUUGGCUUACGAUGUUGAUAGCCAAGCCUUGGCUACGCUCUUUGAGCAAGCUGGUACUGUUGAAAUCGCUGAGGUGAAUAAAAGUUGUGUAUGUUCUAUGAUACAAAUCCCAAAUGACGCGUCUUGA